AUGGCAUUCCCUGUUAUUGUGCCCCCUGCUGGUGCCCCGGCAGGCACCCAAGCCCAACACCAACCUUUUGACUUUAAGAUCUUGAGAGAGCUGCAACAGUCAGUAAAGGCCAAUGGACUCCAAGCCCCAUAUACGCAGGCGCUUUUAGAAGCCACAUUAGCCCAGCUCUUGGUUCCAGAGGCCCAUACAGUGUUGCCCCCAUCAGCUGGUGUUUUGUUUGCCCACGAAUGGGAAACUGCCUGCCGUGCUUAUGCUCCAGCCUUGUUACAACAAGUCAGAGGAAAUAAUCCAAAUGUUACCCUCGCAGACGUCUUAGAUGCCAUGUUGGGGCGUGGUCCCUUCGCUCAAGCUUCAGUGCAAACCACACUGCUGCAAAUCUUAUUGAGGGACGCUGCUCUUGCUGCUAAACAAGCAAUGAGAAAAAUCCCUGAACCCAGUAUUCAAUCAAGGUGGGGUUCAAUCAGGCAAGAGGCAAGAGAAUCAUAUUCUUCCUUUAUGGACAGGCUGCUUACAGCAGUGAGUCGCCAAAUUGAAAAUCCUGAAGCCAAACAAAUAAUCAUCAAACAAUUGGCCUUUGAAAAUGCCAAUGAGGAUUGUAAGGUUGCGUUACGACCGAUAAUACACAAUCCUGCCACAGACACAGCAGCCAUGCUUCGCAUUUGUCAGUCUGUUGGAACAGCCAGCCACAAGGCUUAUCUGCUGGCAGCAGCGCUAAAUGAAAACCAGCCUGUAGCCACCGAUACAACUUGUUUCCAGUGUGGCAAACCAGGAUCCCCGAUACCCCAGGGGGUAGAACAGUGGCCUCUACCAAAGAAAAAUCCGCAGCAGCGGCACCAGCUAUCUCUGACCAGCUUAUUUCUGAACAAUUGA